UCUCUUAUGGGCCGAGCCUCGCCCUGAGCCACGUCUAGGGAACUGUUCUCCUAAUUUGGGAAGGGUCGGGCGCGGGCGGGGCGUGCAGCUGCGAGCCGCACGGUGUGCGCCUGCGCUGUGCGCCGGGACAGGGUGUGUUCCUCGUUCGGUUGCUCGUUUUGCGCAGGUCGAGUGCAUCUCUCGGCGCGCGGUUUCGCUCUGCGGAAGCCUGUCGUUCCCACGCCCUGUGAGGUGCUGCUCUCCGCAAUCAUGUCCAAGUCUCUGAAAAAGUUGGUGGAGGAGAGCCGGGAGAAGAAUCAGCCGGAAGUGGACAUGAGUGACCGGGGCAUCUCCAACAUGCUGGAUGUCAACGGCCUUUUCACCCUGUCACACAUCACGCAGCUGGUCCUCAGCCACAACAAGCUGACGACUGUGCCACCGAACAUAGCAGAACUGAAGAAUUUGGAAGUGCUGAACUUCUUUAAUAACCAGAUUGAGGAGCUGCCCACACAGAUCAGCAGCCUUCAGAAGCUCAAACACUUGAACGUCAGCAUGAAUAGACUGAACACCCUGCCUCGAGGAUUCGGCUCACUCCCAGCUCUAGAGGUCCUUGAUUUGACUUACAACAACUUGAAUGAAAAUUCUCUUCCUGGAAACUUCUUCUACCUGACCACCCUGCGUGCACUCUAUCUAAGUGACAACGAUUUUGAAAUCCUGCCGCCAGAUAUUGGGAAGCUCACAAAGUUGCAGAUACUCAGCCUUAGGGAUAACGACCUGAUCUCGCUGCCGAAGGAAAUCGGGGAGCUUACUCAGCUUAAGGAGCUCCACAUUCAGGGGAACCGCCUGACCGUUCUGCCCCCAGAACUCGGAAACUUGGAUUUAACUGGUCAGAAGCAGAUAUUCAAAGCAGAGAACAAUCCUUGGGUUACCCCCAUCGCUGACCAGUUCCAGCUUGGCGUGUCUCAUGUUUUUGAAUAUAUCCGUUCUGAGACGUACAAAUACCUCUACGGCAGACACAUGCAGGCAAACCCGGAACCGCCGAAGAAAAAUAAUGACAAAUCGAAAAAGAUCAGCCGGAAGCCCUUGACAGCCAAGAACAAAUAAGGGGUGGGCAUGGGCUGGACUUCUGAUUGCUCUCUCAUUAUUCCUCCUCUUCUCUCUUGUCCUGUCUCACAAUUACAAUGUGUGUGUGUGCGUUUUGGCUUUUUCUCUUUCUAGUGCUUACCACCUUACCUUUUAAAAUUUUUGGCCGGAGGCAGAUUUUUUAUAAGUUCUUUAAACCAUUUCCAUUUGUUUCCUUGGAAUUGCCAAAGGCUCUAAAUCAGCUGCAAAUUCCAUCCAAGGCACAGCUUUUAGUUCCUUCCAUAGAUGUUCACAGAGUUGCUUAUUAUGAAAAGAAUGAUUAAAAUCAUGUAGUCAUUUGAAUGUCACAGUUAACACUGUUCACCUUUCUGUUUAUUCACAUAACUCAUUAUCUUUGCUUUAUUAAAAGUCUUCCUUCACCACAGAUACUAUGUUCACUUACAAAUGAUUUUAAUAAAAUCUUGAAUUUGUAUCACCUGUUGCUUCUUGAAUAAAAAUACAAUCUGAUCUUGGGGGUAUAUGCCCAUUUUUGUUAAUUUUCCUCCACAAACGAUCUUGUCCAAUUUUAUUGGUUGUAGCUGAUAAACCCUGAAACCUUCCAUGAAAAAUUAAAUCAGAGUUAAUUUCUUCUCACAUCGAUUUGUCUUUUUUUUUUUUUCCUUUGAAGACUGUUUCUAAAUUAGGAAGGAGCAGAAAAACAAAUCUCUAGGAGAUUUUGCCAAAAGAUUUUGGAAAGCAGCAUUUCUGGGCUGAAGGAAUGUGACUUCUGCCAGUGGCUGGUCGACUAGAGCUAUGAAGCUGAGAGAGAAAAAUCCUCCAGUAUGCUGCUUGUCCCCUGCAGCAAGUCUGCUCGUAUCAAACAUCCUUUGCAGUGACUUUGAUGAUGCCAAAGGAGUUGUGUAAAUGUGCACACCCUGCACCACGCCCAGCAUAGAAACUGCAGCGGCAGAAUCGAGAAAACAGGCAAUUGUUUAGCAUCUGUGUGAGGCAGCUCUGUUCUUACCUACAGCUGUAUGUAUGGAAACGGAAAUACAUCCAAGCGGAAUGUUUGUGCUAAAAAGACUGUCAACCCUGGAGUGUCUUAACAGGUGUGUGAAAAUGUAACACGCUCUCAGCUGGAUGGUCUGUAUCUGUUCCUGCAUCCUCUCUUCUCAGUCUCACAGUUGAAACCCUAAGACCAGGACCACUGGAACAUGUAAAAAAAGGCAGAAUCAGAAGACAAAACAUCUUGAGUUCCUUAGGAAAUAAACUUUGCAUUUGAAUCAGAGAGGUCACCACUCAAUGUCUGCACUUCCUGUUUCUGGGUAGCUUCCUGAUAAACAUGCGCUGUGGGAAGAGGAAUCCCCAUGUGCCAUCACCUAUUGGGAGAUUGGGUUGAUGUAAUUUUUCUAGGUGCAGACUUUGGCUCAGCCUGAGGUUUUAUUUAAUUGAUUUUUUUUUCUUAGCUUGUGAAAUUACAGAGGGAAGAACAAUACCUCUGCUGUUGAUUGGAACGAUUUCAUGUAAAACUAAACUGGCAACAAAGCCUUCGUAAAACUAUCACAGUACAGCCUUGUGAAUAUAUUUUCUUAAAGAUGAACACUCUAGUUAGAAAUAUGGGCAGUGCAUAUAAAUUCACAGGGAGGCAAUAUCUCCAAGAAACUGGUGAUGGGGUGGGAAGCCCAGAUUACUAGUAAUCAAAAAAAUACAAAUCAAAGCAAAGGUAAGACACAUGUAGCAAUGAGAAAUGUGCAUAUAUUUUUUUAAGGUAAUAUUAAGUGCUGGAGUAGCAUGAGACAAACAUCCUUAGACGCUGGAAUUGGGACUAUAAACUUCUCUCCAGAAAGGUUGUAGCAAUUUGAUGAUAAGUAGCAAAACUUUCAAAUUGUGUUCCCUGACCCAGAAUUUUUACUUCCAGGAAAUUGUCAGAGAUUUACACACAGAGCUGCGUUUGAAAAAUUUAUCUACAGGUUUAAAAACACAAUGGAAAUGUGGAAAAAAGCUAAAUUUAAAUGCCCACCAGAGGAAGAAGGGUUAACUGUGUAACCACAUGAUAUAUUUUUAUGAUGUUGUUUGUUAAAAAUUGUUGAACAAUAUCUAAGGGCAAAGGAAGAUAAUCAUAUUAUCCAGUUAAGUAAAAAAGCAAGAUACAAAAAACUUACUAUACACUGUAACUAUACUUCAAUUAAAAAAAAAAAAACUAUAUCAGAGUGGUCCCAAUUGUGGAAAAAGGAAAUUGUGCUUAUAAUAUGUAUGCACAGAAAAACUAGAUGUAAAUGGAGUGGGACUUUAUGGCUGAUAAAUUAUCUCUGUAUGGCAGAUUUUUUUUAAUUUUCUUUUUUAUACUUCUGUUCUUUAAAUUGUCUGUAAUAAGUAUGUAUAUUUUUGUAAUUGGGAAAUAUUAAAUGCAUAUCGUUUUUAAAAUGGAA